AGCAACAGUCGGGCUAGACAACGGACACACUCUCCGAGCCGGUGAAUCAAGAGGCUGGGGGUCCAAACUCAAGAGGAGCAAGUGUCCCACUGAAAGGCGGAACUAGCUAGCUAGUCAUGGCGGACGUUGGAGAGGUUCUGAUGUCGGUUUUGUCCACUAUCCGGGUCCCGAAGCCCGGGGACCGUGUCCACAAAGACGAAUGCGCCUUGUCAUUUUCCUCGCCGGAGAGUGAUGGAGGCCUGUAUGUGUGCAUGAACAGUUUCCUGGGCUUUGGAAGUCAGUAUGUGGACAGGCACCAUGCUCGGGCUGGCCAGAGAGCUUACCUGCACAUCACCCGGACUCGCAAGGCUAAGAAGGAAGACGACAACAACUCCGGAUCUGGACACCCGCCUAAGAAGAAGCCCACCAGACUGGCUAUUGGGAUUGCAGGAGGUUUUGAUGUGGAGCAGGAGCUGUAUGAGGAGGAUGUAAAGGUUGUCAUCUUACCUGACAGACAGGAAGUGACAGCAGAGGAUCUUGGAACCAUGCCUGACGUUGUGAGAGAGCGGGUGUCCCUGUCAAUGGCGGGUAUCAUGGCAGCCGACUCAGUGUCUCAUGCUUUACAAGUUCAACAGUGGGACGGGGAGGUGAGACAGGAGUCACGGCAUGCUGCUGAUCUUAAACAGCUGGACAAUGGGCUCAAGAUCCCUCCCAGUGGCUGGCGGUGUGAGGUGUGUGACCUCCAGGAGAAUAUUUGGAUGAACCUGACGGAUGGCAAAGUGCUCUGUGGUCGCAGGUACUUUGAUGGCACCGGGGGCAACAACCACGCCCUGCUCCACUUCCAGGAAACAGGGUACCCACUUGCUGUCAAACUCGGUACCAUCACUCCCGACGGUGCAGAUGUGUAUUCCUAUGAUGAGGACGACAUGGUACUGGAUUCCAAGUUACCAGAGCACUUAUCUCACUUCGGCAUUGACAUGAUGACCAUGGAGAAGACUGAGCGGACUAUGACAGAGCUGGAGAUUGCUGUGAACCAGCGUGUGGGGGAAUGGGAGGUGAUCCAGGAGUCUGGAACUACCCUACGUCCGCUGUUUGGCUCGGGCCUGACCGGCAUGAAAAACCUGGGCAACAGCUGCUACCUCAACUCUGUCAUGCAAGUGCUCUUCACCGUUCCAGACUUCCAGAGCAAGUAUGUGUCUAACAUCGACAAGAUUAUUGAUGAUGCUCCAAGUGACCCCACUCAGGACUUCAAAGUCCAAGUAGCCAAACUCGGCUUCGGUCUGUUGUCAGGAGACUAUUCCAAACCAGCACCAGACCCUGGAGAUGAAAAUGGUGCAUCUGAACCCAGGGGAGACCAAAUUGGCAUAGCACCACGAAUGUUCAAAGCACUUGUUGGGCGGGGCCACCCAGAGUUCUCCACCAAUCGCCAACAGGAUGCUCAGGAGUUUUUAUUGCACUUCAUAAACAUGGUGGAGAGGAACUGUCGCUCCGGGGCCAACCCAUCUGAAGCCUUCAGGUUCCUGGUGGAGGAGAAGAUUGUGUGUCAGCAAUCAGAGAAAGCCAAGUAUACACAGCGGGUGGAUUACAUCGUCCAACUGCCGGUGCCCAUAGACCAGGCUACCAACACAGAAGAGCUGCAGGAGGCAGACCGUCGGCGUGAGGAAGGGGAUGCAUCAGCCCCUACAGUACGUGCGCAAAUUCCCUUCACAGCUUGCAUGGCGGCCCUCAGUGAACCAGAGAUCCUCACAGACUUCUGGAGCUCAGCUGUGCAGACAAAGACUACUGCUACCAAAACGACCCGCUUUGCCUCUUUUCCCGACCAUCUGGUUAUUCAGAUCAAGAAGUUCACCUUUGGCCUUGACUGGGUCCCCAAGAAACUGGACGUGAGCAUCGACGUUCCUGAUACUCUGGACCUGAGUGCGCUACGUGCAAUGGGACAGCAGCCGGGAGAGGAGCUUUUACCAGAGGUGGCCCCGCCCCCACUCAUGACCCCAGACGUGGAGGUUAAAGCUCCAGUUCUUGAUGACUCCACUGUGUCCCAGUUAUGUGAAAUGGGAUUCCCACUGGAGGCCUGCAGGAAAGCAGUGUACUACACUGGGAACACUGGAAUCGAUGCUGCCAUGAAUUGGAUCAUGGGCCAUAUGGAUGACCCAGACUUCUCUGCCCCGCUGGUGUUGCCAGGCUGCAGCUCUGGAGCCGGGACCACACCCACAGAGAGCCUCUCUGAGGAGCACCUGGCAACCAUCGUCUCCAUGGGUUUCAGCCGAGACCAGGCGACCAAAGCACUUCGAGCCACGAGUAAUGUGCUGGACCGAGCAGUUGACUGGAUCUUCUCCCACCUGGAUGACCUGGAGUCCAUGGAUGUUUCUGAAGGAGGUCGCUCAGCUGCAGAGAGCGAGGGUGGCAGGGACCCUCCGCCCGGACCUCGUGUCAGAGACGGAUCAGGCAAAUAUGAGCUGUUGGCAUUCAUCAGUCACAUGGGGACGAGCACAAUGUGUGGCCACUAUGUUUGUCACAUCAAGAAGGAUCAGCAGUGGGUCAUCUUCAAUGAUCAGAAGGUGUGCGCUUCAGAGAAACCUCCCAAAGACCUGGGAUACCUCUACUUCUACCGGAGAAUUGCCGAAUGAGACAAAGGAGCGCUACACUCGGGGUGAAGGAAGAGGGCGUGGACGCUAACACAAACACACAACACAACAUCCACAGCUGCACCCCACCAAGCUCUUACAAACGCCCUGGCACGCUUCACAACUGACAAAACUGUAAAUAAGUCUCUCAGAUUGCAAAUAUACCCAGUUAAAUAAAUUGGUGCAGAUGUACAGAUUAGGUAUUGGGGGGGGGGGGGAGAUGUUUUAUUUUCAUCCACUGAGCACAAAAGCGUGGGCCUGAUCAGAGAAGCAGGUUCAGAUAGUUUAUCUGGACAAGUUUUCUGAGUAAAACUCUGAAAUCUGGAUCGUUGCCUGAUGUUAAAAGACCUUUUCCAGGUUUCACUCGACAGUAUUAUCCAGUAACUCAGAAAACCUGCUUCAUUGAACAGGCCCUAAACAUUAGCAGGACUUUUGUUGCAAAGUCCAUUCACUCUUUAAUAAGUUUGCUCUAUUAUCACCGUUCCAUGUCCUGGCUAUUGACGUCCAUUGCCAGCAGUGGUCACUGCCCUUCUCCUUCAAAAUACAGUCUAUUGCUUCCAACCCCCUCUUUUUAUUUUAUUGGACGGUUGCAGCUUAGUGUCACCUCUUCAGCCAAGCACCAACUCCUCCUCUAGCCUAUUCAGUGAGGAAGUAAUAACAGUUCACGACGAGAGGAAAUGUCAGUAAGUGAAACAAAUAAAUAACAGCUCACGUGUGUGUUACAAAAGGAAAUAAAAAAAAUGUCAAACACCAAAAUCAA